UUUCCUUUGAUCGGCAAUAAAUGAUACGUGUCCCCUCCAAAAGCGGCGUGUCAUGCAAAACCUGCAUUCUCCCAACACGUGACACCCCUCACGUGACACCGCCAUGCAUCUCCACCUUCAUUAUAAACACACACACACAACACACACUUCUCACAUAUUAUUACCAACUGUACCAGAUCAAAACCCACCACCGUCAAAUUUCAUCGAUCAGCUCAAACAAUGGCCCAGGUUCAGCACCACGCCGCCGGCCGCUACGACGAGCCGCAUCACAAGCAGCAGCUGUCCCGCCAGGUGGCAAAAACCACCACCGCCGUCACACUCGGCGGAUCUCUGAUGGUCCUCUCCGGCCUGACUCUCGCAGCCACCGUCAUCGGCCUGGUUUUGGCCACCCCACUUCUGGUGAUAUUCAGCCCAGUUCUCGUCCCAGCUGCAAUAACCCUUUUCUUGAUCUUCGCCGGACUGGCCACCUCCGGCGGGUUCGGCGCCACCGCCAGCUUCGUGUUCUACUGGAUGUACAGAUACGCGACGGGGAAGCAUCCAAUUGGGGCGGAUCAGCUUGACCGCGCGCGGGAGAAGUUCAGCCACGCCGCCCACGAUGUUAAGGAGAAGGCCGAGCAUUACGGACAGCAGACGCACGCCAGGGGCGGCGCCGCCGCACAGGGAACUUGAAUUUUUAUAUUUUAUUUGUCUUUAGUUUAAAGAAAUAAAGAUAUUUGUGCUUAUUGAUUUCUGUAUUUCUGUUUUUUUUUUUUUGUGUGUGUGUAUGUGUUUCUGUGGGUGUUGUUGUUGGUUGACAAAUGUUUGUGUAUUUGUAAUUUAAUUACUCUUUUGAUGUGGAUGCACUUUAAUUUUGAUCUAAUUUGUUAUUCCUAUUUUCUUUAUUUCAAUUGAUGCUGCUUUUUUUAU